AUGCUCAGACAGCAAAAAGCUACCGUCUUCUUCCAACGUUCGCGCAUCACCUUGGCAUCGUCCUUUCCCACCGCCUCCAAGAUUGCCAAGAUGGCUGCCGAAAAUGGCUCUGCGCGCUCCCAGCAGGAUGACACCAGCCAAAUAAAGCAAACACGAGAGACACGCCCGCCCUCGGUCUAUUUCCCUCUUGGCUACAAAGAAGCCGCCUAUCAAUGGUGGACAAGCGUCACACCUCCCAUGGUUGAGCGCAAAGUACUCUCCUUCAUCCCGACCCUGCGAGAAGCCGCCGACAGCGCCUCGAACCCCAAUGCGUCGUCGGCGACGCCCGACCCUCUCGGCACGCGCGUCUGGCGCCGCACAAUGGUGCAGCUCUCGGGUAAGAACCGCGCGCUCAACGAGGUCUGCGUCGAGAAGAUUGGCGACAAGACCGAGGAGACGCUCGUCGUCGUCCACGGCUACGGCGCCGGGCUCGGCUUCUUCUACAAGAACCUCGAGCCCAUGUCGCGCAUGCCCGGGCUGAAGCUCUACGCCCUCGACAUGCUCGGCAUGGGCAACUCGUCGCGGCCUGCCUUCCGCAUCCAUGCCAAGGACCGCGAGCAGCAGGUCGUCGAGGCCGAGGACUGGUUCAUCGACGCCCUCGAGGAGUGGCGCCAGAAGCGCAAGAUUGAGCGCUUCACCCUCCUCGGCCACUCCCUCGGCGGCUACCUCGCCGUCUCCUACGCCCUCAAGUACCCCGGCCACCUCAAGAAGCUCAUCCUCGCCUCGCCCGUCGGCAUCCCCGAGGACCCCUACGCCGUCAACGCCUCUAUGCCCGAGCCCGACGUGUCGACGCUCGAAAACGAAUUCACCCAGGACCAGCAGCAAGUCACCGAAAACGGUCACGACAGUGCCGCCGCCGCCAAGGCUGCUGCUGCUGCCGCCGCCUCGCCCAAGGCCGGCGGCGGCGCGCCCUCCGCCCCGAAGCGGCCGAUCCCCAGCUGGCUCGUCUGGCUCUGGGAUGCCAACGUCUCGCCCUUUAGCAUCAUCCGCAUGACAGGGCCCCUCGGGCCGCGCUUCGUCUCGGGCUGGACCUCGCGCCGCUUCAGCCACCUGCCCGCCGCUGAGUCCCGGGCCCUGCACGACUACGCCUUUUCCAUCUUCAAGCAAAAGGGCAGCGGCGAGUACGCCCUCGCCUACAUCCUCGCCCCCGGCGCCUACGCCCGCCGCCCCGUCAUCAACCGCAUCCAGGACGUUGGCCGCCAGCCCCUCCCCGGCAGCCCCGCCAAAAAGGAGACGGGCUUCCCCAUCGUCUUCAUGUACGGCGAGAACGAUUGGAUGGACGUGGCCGGCGGCCUUGCGUCCGAGGAGAAGCUGAAGCGGGCCAAGGAGGAGGCCCUCGUGCGCGCCACCGACGAGGAGAAGCGCAGCGAAAACGGCAGCGUCAAGGUCGUCAUCGUGCCCAAGGCCGGUCAUCACCUGUACCUCGACAAUGCCGAGUUCUUCAACGAUGCUCUGCAAAAGGAAAUGGAUGACGUGUACGCCACGUCGAAAAAGAACAACGAUCAUUGA